AUGACUACAGCGCCUAUUUUGCGGCAUUUCGACCUGUCAAAAGAUGCGGUGAUUGUUGUCUACACGAGCAAAUGGGCCAUCUCAGCGUCGUUGGUGCAGGACUAUGACGGACUAUUUAUGCCAGUGACCUUCACUAGCCGGAUACUCAAAGCCAACGAGUUUAACUGCAGUACCGUGGAGAAAGAAGGGUGCUUGGAAAUUUGGGCCGCUCUGUUGUCCCAGUGGAUAUUAGAGAUUGUGAAGUGCAAGAAACGUGAAGAUCAGGUGCUGGAGGAGUUAGCAUCCAGUAUUACCCCCCGCGAGAGUGUAGACUCGAUCCUAUCUGCUAUCGCGUCCAAGAAACAGGCGAAGCAGAAGAUUGAUCUACCUACGCCUACUGUGGAAAAAGACGAGGAGCUAUAUGUACUGAGCUUUGGUGGAUCAGCUCGUGUGAAACAAGGAGGAGGGAUUUGUAGCGCCGUCGUAUAUGUAUCCUUUCUACGUGGUCGGUAG